AUGAACGUGUCCUUGCUUCCCCAUGUCCCCUUCCUUGCUUCCUCGCAUCCCCUUUUCUGCUUCCCCCCUUCCCCUUCCCUGCUUUCUCUCAUCCCCUUCCAUGCUUCCCCCCUUCCCCUUCCCUGCUUCCUCCCAUCCCCUUCCCUUCUUCCCCCAAUCCCUUUCCCCGAUUCUCCAUGGCCCGUUCCCUGCUUCCCCCCAUCCCCUUCCCUGCUUUCCCCCAUCCCCUUCCCUGCUUCCCCCCAUCCCCUACUCUGCUUACCCCCGUCCCCUACCCUGCUUCCUCAUGGAUCCUUCCCUGCUUCCCCUUGUCCCCUUCCCUGCUUCCCUCCAUCCCCUUCCCUGCGCAUCCCCAUCCCCUACUCUGCUUCCCCAUGUCCCAUUCCCUGCUCCCCCAUGUCCCCUUCCUUGCUUCCCCCCAUCCCAUUCUGUGCUUUCCCCCAUCCCCUUUCCUGCGUCCCCCCCUCCCCUACUCUGCUUCCCCAUGUCCCCUUCCCUGCUUCCCCAUGUCCCCUUCCUUGCUUUCCCCCAUCCCAUUCCCUGCUUCCCCCCAUCCCCUUCCCUGCUUCCCCCCAUCCCCUUCCCUGCUUCCCCAUGUCCCCUUCCCUGAUUCCCCAUGUCCCCUUCCCUGCUUCCCCUCAUCCCCUUCUGUGCUUCUCCCCAUCCCCUCCCUCACUUUCCCCCAUCCCAUUCCUUGCUUCCCCACAUCCCCUUCUCUGCUCCCCCCCAUCCCCUUCUCUGCUUCCCCUCAUCCCCUUCCCUGCUUCCGCCCAUCCCCUUCCCUGCUUCCGCCCAUCCCCUUCCCUGCUUCCCUGUGUCCCCUUCCAUGCUUCCCCUUGUCCCCUUCCCUGCUUCCCCCUGUCCCCUUCCCUGCUUCCCCCCAUCCCCUUCCCUGCUCCCCCCCAUCCCCUUCCCUGCUGCCCCAUGUCCCCUUCCCUGCUUCACCCCAUUCCCUUUCCUGGUUCCCCCCAUCCCCUUCCCUGCUUUCCCCCAUCCCCUUCCCUGCUUCCCCAUGUCCCCUUCCCUGCUUCCCCAUGUCCACUUCCCUGCUUCCCCAUGUCCCUUCCUUGCUUCCCCAUGUCCACUUCCCUGCUUCCCCAUGUCCCCUUCCCUGCUUCCCCAUGUCCCCUUCCCUGCUUCCCCAUGUCCCCAUCCCUCCUUCCCCCCAUCCCCUACCCUUAUUCCCCCCAUCCCUUUACAUGCUUCCCCCCAUCCCCUUCCCUGCUUCCCCAUGUCCCCUUCCUUGCUUCCCCAUGUCCCCUUCCCUGCUUCCCCCCAUUCCUUUUCUUUCUUCCCCCCAUCACUUUACAUGCUUCCCCCCAUCCUCUUCUCUGCUUCGCCCCAUCCCCUUCCAUGCUUCCCCAUGUCCCCUUCCUUGCUACCCCAUGUCCAUUUCCCUGCUUCCCCAUGUCCCCUUCCCUGCUUCCCCAUGCCCCCUUCCCUGCUUCCCCAUGUCCCCUUCCCUGCUUUCGCCCACCCCCUUCCCUGCUUCGCCCCAUCCUCUUCCCUGCUUCCCCUUGUCCCCUUCCCUUCUUCCCCCCAUCCCCUUCCCUUCUCCCCCCCAUCCCCUUCCUUGCUGCCCCAUGUCCCCUUCCCUGCUUCACCCCAUUCCCUUUCCUGGUUCCCCCUAUCCCCUUCCCUGCUUCCCCAUGUCCCUUUCCCUGCUUCCCCAUGUCCCCUUCCCUGCUUCCGCCCACCCCCUUCCCUGCUUCCCCACAUCCCCUUCCCUGCUUCCCCUUGUCCCCUUCCCUUCUUCCCCCCAUCCCCUUCCCUGUUCCCCCCCAUCCCCUUCCCUGCUUCCCCUUGUGCCCUUCCCUGCUUUCCCCCAUCCCCUUCCCUGCUUCCCCAUGUCCCCUUCCUUGCUUCCCCCCAUCCCCUUCCCCGCUUGGCUUGUUCUUUAUCUCCUUGCAGGCCGUGUUGCUUCAGUCGGUGCAGUGUGGGGGACCAUGCCUCGCUGGUGCCGCAGCGUAA